AUGGCUGCCGGCUUUUAUUUUGUGCUCUCAAGCUUUUUAAUAUUUUAUUCUAUUUUUGGAGUUAUUUUGGCUCAGAGGAGUCAUCUAAUUAAUUAUGAAGUUCUUAUUAUCGAAGAUGUUUAUGGAUUCGCAAAGGAUGGGCAAUGUUUGGACAGUUAUAAUUCAAUUUUGCAAAUUUGUCUGAGUGAUCGGCAAGUUAAACGAAUAUCGAAAUGUAAAUCGUCGCUGCUAAUCCCGAAGCCUAUGAAACAUAGUGUGGUUUCCUUGCCUUUUCCUACGAAGUUCGCUGUGAUGGAUGUAACAAUGUACAUGGCUAUUUCAUUUAACCUUGGAUUUGAUUUACCUUCAUCGUGUAGGCACAUGAAAAGCGACAAAGCAAACGACAUCUUGUGCUCGAUGUGCUUGACUGAUAAUAACUAUAAUAACAAAAUUAAAUAUUCAUGUGAUCAUUCAUUGCUGUCACAAGAACCUGCUUCUCUUAAUUAAUUUUGUUGUCGCUAACCAAUUUAAAGCACUGCGGAGUGACCACGGGCUUAGCUGUAAGAUACAAUGGUAUCCAAGAUAGAUUUUAUAAGAUUUUUCUGGCAGUGGGAGCGGUUUUUGGCAGUGGGGAGUGGAGUUUUUCUAUCAGUAAUGUGUGUAGAUAUUAUUCGACGCUACGCAAGAUCAAGCGUUGCAGAUGUCCGUGUAGAUAUUAUGCUAAUACAUCUGCCUCUUUUCAUUGUAUAUUGGAGGGAGACCUUGUUUUUAAGCUUAACCCUGGGCCCACGAAUGUGGUAUCUUCGAAUGCCAAUAUGAACAGUUCACGCCGUAUUGGCACCAUUGUUUCGAGUCGUCCCGAUUAUGGGCUAAUUAAUUCAACAGCAUUACGCCCUCCCGUAUCUGACUUGUUCGACGCUCGCAGCAGACAAAUCUAAUUAGUAUUGAUUGUUUGCCUCAAAUAUCUGCGAACUGUCACAAUAACUCUCUUAAAUUCUGUCUAGUCAACAGUCGCUCAGUCAGGAAUAAGACCGGAGAUAUCGCUGACUACAUCGUGCAUGAUUGCAAGCCCGAUAUUCUUGCAAUUACGGAAUCUUGGCUGGGCAGGGAUGAUGAUGCGACCUUAGUGCAGCGUUCGAUACUGUCGAUCACAGCAUUUUAUUGCACCGAUUGGAAACAUCUUUUGGGAUUACAGGAACUGUGCGAAAGUGGUUUGAAUCCUACCUAUCUGGACGAUGUCAGCGAAUAG